AUGACGGCGGCCAAAGUUCUGGACAUAUCCUUAACCACCUUCGCCGACGUGAGUAUCAAGAAAUCAGAUCUUCGUAUGAAUCAGCAUCUGUACGCCAUGCAAAACAUAUAUUUUUUAGUUCCUAAAGGCGUCUUUGGGCUACCUAAACAUGCUGCGAAGAGUCAUUUAAAACUGAUGAUGAUGAUAGCAUUCAUGAUGUACUGCGGAGGUUUGGGCUACAGGACGAUUAUUCCACUCUCAAAGGGCAGAAUCCUGCUGCCGAAUAAUUCGACUAUAAGACUGUUACCAUGCCCGAGUUAUUUUAUGUUCUUUAACGAGCAGGCUACACCGAAUUACGAGAUAAUCUUCGUUAUGCAAAUUCUGGGAGGAUUCUUCAACUAUUCUACGCUAUGCGCUAGCGCUGGUACUUGCACGAUGCUUUGCCUACACGGCAACAACGUUAAACAGAAAUCCAUCACGCUGAACUGGUACCGAUUUCCUAUGAAAAAGGUACGCAACUUAUUACUCGUGAUACUUAUGUCGAGUCAACCAGUAAAAGUGACGGCGGGGAAAUUUUUAGAUUUGUCUCUGAUCACCUUUACCGAUAUCAUGAAAAUUUCGAUGGGAUACUUAAACGUAUUACGAGAAGUCACUUAA